AUGGGGUUCGGUUUUCAUGCGGGCCCCCAUUUUGUGCACCCCGAGGUACAGGGCAACUGCGUCUCGGUCAUCUUCCCUGGUGCGUGUUUGGACUGGCCGACGGAGCUGCAGCCGCUCGGGCGCAAGACGGGCGCGGCGCUGGCGAAGUGCAUGGUGGACGUCGUCUCGGGCGUGCUCGGCCUCUUGAAGGAGCAGACCGUGCUGUCUUGGUCCUUCCUUCGCUUCGUCCACCUGCUCGCGGGCGAUGGAAUUCACGCGAACCAGAACGCUGCCAGGCGUCUGCUGCGCUUCUGCCAGGAACACGCUCGUUGGGGCGCCUUUCGGGUCCGGUACCGUUUGGUUGUUGCGCAGUGCGCCUCGCGCGCCGCCAUUCUCGCGGUCAUCCUCGCGAUCUGCGGCGACCUCGCCCAGAACGCCGUGGAGAACAACGACAUCUGCGCCAAUUGCAGCAGGCUGUACAAACACUUGAUCCCCGACUGCAGCGAAGAGUGCCCCAUGUCCUUGAAGCUGCACUUGGACGAGAAGUUUAGGAUGAGAGUGGAAGCACGGGCGUUGCAGACGCAUUACGGCGAGAGCGCGCUGCCAGAGGCCCUCCUCGAUAUUUCCAACGCGAGCUGGACGCAAAGGGUGACUGUCGCGCAGGCCGCCCGCGAGGAGGCUGCGUCACGCCGCAAGGCGUUCCGAGUGUUGCAUGCGCGCGUGCUGGUCGUGGAGGACAAGCCGGUGCCCACGCGCUUCUUGCCGUUUGCCGCGCGCGUGGCCCGCCUCCUCAGCAUGAGUAUGAUGGACCUCCCGAUUGACGCAUUCACUUUGAGCCUGGCCGCCCCGCGCAAGCAAGGUCACAAGAGGCUGCGGCGCUUUCGCGACUGGUGCAAGAGCGAGUCGGCGGGCGAGAGUUUGCGGAUUGCGCCCCUGCGCUUGCAGCUGACGUUGCACGCAGUUCAGGCCAAAACGUUGUUGCACAUGGGCGUGCUCCUCGACCGCUUGCACCUGGGCCCCGACCUCACCGUGCUCGUCGCCGUGGGGUCCUUGCUGGUUACCGAGGCCCUCGACUUCUUGCUCUCGGCGCCCGCCCGGGAGGAGCUGGACGGCACGUUGGCCAACUCGGCAGGGGCGUCGCUGGAUGUCGAGCGAGCGCGCCAGCAGGUCAAGCGACCAGAGAAGGGCAAAGUUGUUUCCGUGGCGACAGCCAGUCGGAACAACGUCCCCCGAAAAUAUUUGCCGCGGCGGUCCGGCGUUGCGAAGAGCCACAUGAAGCAAGAGAAGAAGACAAAUAAGUUGAAAUUCGUCAGCUGGCGCGCUCUGGGCGUGUCCGAGGGCGACGCGCGGUCGCUUCUCCACCCUGGCAGCGACGAAGAGGCCCGCCGCUUCGUCGCCGAGAAUAAGUGCCGCUUCAAGCAGGUCGCCGCUGCUAUCCGCCCCACAGCCUUGGCAAUCGAUGGCAACCAUCUGAGUGAGAUCUUCCCUGCGUUGAACAGGGGGUGGCUGAGUUGGCUGGGGAACUCGCCGCGCUUCGCGGACUUGCCCAAUGCUGCGGGCCCGAAGAGGUCGUCGGUGAACCACCGCGUGCACGUGGGCGAUGCUGCGCAUCCGCCGGCCCCUUCCUGGGCUUCCCUGUCAUGGGGCGGCGGGCCCGCGGGCCCCGAUUGGUUGCGAAAAUUGGGGCAGUGCCAUUGCGGCUGGCUCAGCUUAUCCUGCGGCGAGCGCCGUCUUGGAGAACUUUUUUUCUGCGCCACACUGCGCGGCGUCAGCGCUGUGGCCACGCUUCGCGCGCCGCCGUGGGACGAAGACUUGAACAGGUUCGAGUUGGACUGCAGCGACCCGGCUCAGAUCUCCCAGCCCAUUCUGGAGCCGCUUGGCCCUGCUGUCGCGCGCGCGACGGGCCCCAUUGUGGUCGACCGUCUGGGCGCGGUGUUCGUGGAGGCGCUGCCGCACCGGGCGUUUGCCUUUCCCGUCGCGGGGUCCGCCAAGGUCCAUUUGCGGCGCCGCGCAGCCAAGACGGGCGCGCGUUGCGACGCAGACGGGGGCGAGGAGCCCGAGUGCGAGUCGGAGGCGGACGACGCUUCCGACGCCGACGCCAUGCCCGUGGUUUUUGAGCGAGAGGCCGAGGCUGAGCACGAGGGCGAGGAAGUCCAGAACAUGCUCGCCGAGCGGGAGGACGAGGCACGAGGCGACGGCGCCCAGGGGGAGCCAGCGGCGACUGACAGAGCCCCGGCUGGCACGCGCGUUGAUGCCCUUGGUUCUGACGGCUACCUCACGCACAUCAGCAAUCCGGGCUGGCCAGACCAAGUGGUGCAAGGAUUUCCCACAUGGAAUGGGCGCGGAUGA